UAGCAUCCCAUGCGUGAUUUUGAAAGGGCUUGACAUGACGCGUGUUUUUGAAAUGUUAUUGCAUUAUGACGCAAAACAGCACUCCCGCAAGUACGUGCGUAGUUGCGUCGACACGCAACAUGCUGCGUGAUGCGGGCCAUAAUGUUUGCCAAGUUGUAGAAGCUGUACCCUUUUUUACGAGGCAUUUUAUAAUAUAUAUUUCUCAGAAUAAUAACGACUAAUGCUCACAGAAUAGUAAAUUCCACCGUGUAAAGUUGGAUACAAUGUUGGAAAAAUAAUGGAUAGUUGGAUACUAUGUUGGAAAAAGAAUUAGGUCGUAAUUUUGACCCAAACACAUGAUCACAGACAACUACUAUUACGGAAUUCAAAAUGGCAGCCGACAUUGUAAGCGUAAAUAUGUCGAACUGUUUUGUGAAUUAUAAUGUGCUUAAAAACCCCUAUAACGUGCGUAAAUAAGUGAUUCGAAGUGCCUCAAAGACAUUUUACAUGAUGGGAUAUACCUGAUAAUAAUGCAAGAAUCAAGACGGUUAUUUUGUGUCAAUCCGUAAAUCAAUCAGCCAGCUAUCUACCCAAAUGCAUAAAAAUGGGAGACAUGCAUUUGUUAUUGUUUGUAACUAUAAUCUUAUUGAUACGAUUAUCUUAUCAAACAGAAAAUGACGAGUGUCCUCACAAAUGCGACUGUCUGGAGAAGUAUGUUGAUUGUACGAGAAAAAAUCUACAGUCGGUGCCAAAAAUUCCUAUGUGGGUGGAAACUCUCGAUCUAAGCUACAACAAAUUGAAUGAAAAUAUUACGCAGAGUUUUGAACGACUCACUAACUUGAAAGUCUUAAAACUGGAGAAGAAUCGACUUCUAGCUAUCCCGAAUCUCACACAACAAAGCCAUUUACAAGAAGUGACACUAAGUAGAAACAACAUUACAACAAUAGAUGCAGAUCAUUUUUCGGCCAACUGCUCUAUCAAAGUGUUGAAUAUUAAUAGUAAUCAAAUACAAAGGAUCAAUGAAGGAGCACUGAACAAUUUAACUAAUCUGUCUAUAUUGAAAUUGAAUAAAAAUGAGAUAAGAUCUUUGCCUAACCAUUUGUUCAUGUUUCAAGCCGCUUUAAGAACACUUGAGCUGAACCAUAACAAGUUACAUGUGAUAAAUGGAUUACUAUUCCAAGGAUUACAAAGUUUAACUACAUUGAAGAUGAGAUUUAACAGUAUUGACAAUAUUAUGGAUGGUGCCUUUUUUGGAUUUAAAUCAAUGAAUUUAUUACAAUUGGACCACAAUAGAAUAAGAAGUAUUUCAAAAGGUUGGAUGUAUGGAUUGGAAUCAUUAAUAACAUUGUCACUUUCUAACAAUUUGGUGGCACAAAUUGAUGUUGGCAGCUGGGAACUGUGCACCAACCUGGAAGUGCUUGACUUGUCCCAUAAUUACUUAACAGAAAUUGAAGGACGCACAUUUCAACAUCUGAUUAAUUUGCGAACACUGAAUCUAAGUGGAAAUAAUAUAUCUUCCAUUUCACAAGAAGCUUUUAGUCAUAUGGUACGAUUACAGACAUUACAUCUAAAUAACAAUAAAAUAUCAUGGACUGUUGAAGAUAUGUCUGGACCAUUUUCCAAGUUACAAAACCUGGUUCAUUUUAGUUUGGCUGCAAACCAUAUAAAAUCUAUUCAUGCCAGAGCUUUUGAGGGAUUGAAUAACCUUGUGGAAUUGAACUUAGCAGGAAAUAACAUAACAUCUAUACAACAACAUGCUUUUGCAUCUAUGACAAAGUUGAAAAAACUACACCUGAACUCUACCUCCUUAUUGUGUGAUUGCAAUUUACUCUGGAUUGUUAAAUGGAUCCGAGACAAAGCAGAACAGAGAUACAUCACUGCUACUUGUGCCUACCCUUCAGAAGUACAUGGGGUAUCUAUAACUAAACUCAAAGAGGAAAACUGUGGUGAUUCACCAAAACCGAAAAUAGUAGAAAAUCCUAAAACACACCUUGCAAUUAAAGGUAGAUCUGCAAACUUAUUAUGCUCAGCAACAUCAAAUCCUUUUAACAACAUGACGUUUUUAUGGAGGAAAAAUAAUGGUAACAUGAGUAACCCUGUUGUGUAUGAAAACAUAACAAUAACUACUAUGGGACAACCCCGAGCCACUUCAGUAUUAACUAUACCAAAUGUGAGCCAUGCAGAUUCUGGAAAAUAUCAGUGUGUAGUCACUAAUAAUUUUGGAACAACUUAUUCAAGUAAAGCAAAGAUCAACAUUGUUACUUUUCCAAGAUUUAUCAAAACUCCAACUAAUGUGACAGUUAAGACAGGGGAAACUGUAACCCUAAAUUGUGCAGCAACUGGAGAUCCUCCACCAGAAAUAUCAUGGAAGAAAGAUGGAGGCAAUGACUUCCCAGCAGCAAGAGAGAGAAGGAUGAAUGUAAUGCCAACUGACCAUCUCUUUUUUAUUGUAAAUGCUAAAACAACAGACAUGGGUAUUUACAGUUGUGCUGCAAAAAAUCCAGCUGGUACAAUUAUUGCAAAUGCCACACUUACUGUAUUAGAGGAGCCAUCAUUCAUAAGAGUAAUGGAAAACAAAGAAGUAACAAUUGGUGGUUCAGUUGUGUUCCAGUGUAUGAGUUCUGGAUCACCUAAGCCAGUAUUAAAGUGGCUUAAAGAUGGCGCCACAAUAAUUGCUACCGAACGUCAUUAUUUCACUGCAGAUGAUCAGUUACUCAUAAUAGUAGGAGCUGAGUCAAAAGAUGCUGGUACAUAUGAAUGUGAAAUAACAAAUGAAUUGGGUACAAAGAAAGCAAUGACAGAACUAAGUGUGUUACCCCCUGUUGCUAUAUUAGUUAAUGAAAAAGACAUGACUGGUAUAAUAAUUAUAACUGUAGUGUGUUGUGCUGUAGGGACAUCAAUUAUUUGGGUGGUGAUAAUUUACCACACCCGUAGACGCAUGGCAAAUGCAGUUCCUACAUUUCCCGCCGAGACUAUGAAAAUGACUCAAAUUGUGCACAGUGACAGUGAUUCACCACAAAUGUUUCCAGACAAUAUUUCAGAACGCUCUUCCUGUAAAGAUAGUGGUACAGGUGAUUCUGCCAAACAGACAAGCUUUGAUGGUGUGCCUACUGAUAGAAGUGAUCAAGUACAUUUCGAAAGUGCAGUGUGUCGAAGUUACUCCCCUGUGCAAGAGGCACAUACUCUUCUUCCAUCCUCUUUUAAACCAACCAUCCAAGUUUGUGUUAAUACUUCUGCAAGUCCUCCUACCUAUAGUUUUUCUAGUCACAGUGGUAAUAAUAAGCUUUGCUAGGCAAAGCAACCUUUCCUAAUAUUCCUAAUUUACGUAAAAUAAAUCAUAAUGAUUAAUAAUAUAAUACAAUUUGGAGUUAAUAUCAUUUUCUGAAGUAUAUUUCUUUAUGAGAUUUGACACUACAAAAUACAGUAACGUAUUAUGUACCUAACACAAAGAGAUAUUGAUACUCCACAUUCAUGUAUACAUGUAUACCCAUUUUUUUACUAACUUAUAUACACUUAUUCCCACCUAUUAGAUUGAUACAAAGUUGGUGGGAGGAUUGGCAGAUUUUUUUUUACCUUGUACUGUUUUCAUAUAAAUAGAUAUCAAUAGCACUUUUAAUUAUUUUGUUUAUAUGUUUUGUAUUAUAUUCAUCCAUCAUGUGCAGUGAAUAAUAUUAUAUUAUAAGUGUGUGUAAGAUAAAUUAUAAUGUUUUCUAUAAAACAUAAUUUACUAGUGUUCUUUAAUAUAAGAUUAAUUUCAUUUUCUUAGUACAAAGUGUAACAAACUUGCCAGUAUUGGUUUUUUCAUAUAUAAGACUGAAUCUGUCAUUUACAUGAAGUGUAAAUUACAUUCUUAUAUUAAGUAUGUAGUACAUAAAGUAGAGUAGAUACAAUUAACUAUUAUAAAGUAGUGUUACAGUGUACAUAAUUUAUAAUUAUAUAUUUAUAUAAAAUAGAUGUUAGAUAAUUAUGUUGGUACAGUUGUGGUAAUAUUAAGAAUGAGUUAACAUUUAAAAACAUGUCCAAAAUAACUAAUACAUAAAAAUUCAUGAACAUUGCAUUUACAUGGAUUGUCAUCUGAUUAUGAACCUUUUUCGCUAUGGUAUUUAAUCAGUUUAUAACUUGAUUUAAUAUUUUUUUACAAUACUACAAAUAGAAAAUAGCUCAGCAAUUUGAGACAUUAGAUUAGAUCCACUAAAUGCAGCAGUGGCCCUAAAUAAUGUUUUUUAGACUUUCUUAUUAAAUAUUUUUGAUAAUUCAAGAUUAUGGGCAUAAAUAAGAGUUGAGCACCGCGUUAAACCGUUUUUACGCCUUCAGGCAUUGCACAUACAGUUUAUAAAUAGUAUUUUUAUUAAAACUUCUCAUCUCUUAUCUUUCCUUUCAGUGUAGAGUGACCCUCUUGCUAUCAAAUAUAAUUCUUUCAGCACAUUAUGACUGAAAAAUGGUUUUCUAAAUCUAUGGUGAUAAUCCAUAUAAAUUUCUAGACCUAUACCGACAUUAUAGAUGUAGAUAAACUUAAAGAAUUUGCCUUACUAUUAGUAGGUAUAUGUAUAAUUUUCCCAGUUUUACUUUUAAUAACAUUGCUCUUUCAACAAUAUUGGUAAAAAAUUACGGAAAUUAAAUAUAUUAUUAAGUAGAUUUUUUCGAUCGAAAUAGAAAAAAGGGUGGAAGGAAUCUCGCUAACUAAAAACUGGGGCACCCUAAGUAAGUCAAUUUCUAUGUUACGACGAGCCCAAAACACACACGUUCGCCGUCGCGCGUCAAUCACGUCGCACCUACGCACCCACACACUCUCAUGUCGCCGCCAUUGUGGUGCCUCACUGUUUUAGUAAGCCAGAUUACUUCGAUGCAUUUCGGUAUAUUUUAAAUCAGUUAAGCAUAACGAUUCUGUAGUUAAAAACCUAUGUGUCUCUUAUCUCAUAUUCUCUAUAAGUAUUUAAAGUUAUAACAGUGAUCAUUGAUCAUAUAACUAAAAACUAUAUACUUACCUACUUAUUUGUUGUCUUCAGCAGCUAAUGAAAUAUUACUUGAUAAAAAUAAAACAGAAAGAAUGAAAUAGUAAAAACUAAAAUUCUGAUCAAGGCAAGAUAACAUAAAAAAUACCAUUCAAGGUUUCCUAAUUUUAGUAUUGUGUAAAGUGUUGUGAUUUGUAACUUGCAGCUAACUUAGCAAAUUAACAACAUAUGUACAUUAAUAACUCGCACACAGAAGUAUGCUUACGAACACUAACAUCGUAAAAACCCAGAAAUUUUGAAUACCAUACUUCUAUCUCAACUGAAUGUAUGUAUAGUUGUAUACCUACUGAAAUGAAUGUAAAACUUUUAAUUAAUGUAUUUAUAUUCGAUUUUUGCUAAAAAAAACAUAAGGUACCACUAAUUUUAAUGUAUUAACAUAACAGUCCCCUUCAUACCUACAUUGUUCUAUGCGUAUAUGAUACAUGAGCCAAUAAAUAAAACCUGUAAAAUAUU